GUUUCUGCAACUUACCUGCAAGUCCUAGGCCUCACCAUGGUGACUAUAGCAUCCCCCCAGUCGAACGAAGCAGAGCAAAAGAAACGAAAGCAGACUUUAGAGCGCGCAAAAGCAAAUCACCUCUCGAAACAGUUACAGAUGCGCCUGCAGUACGCAAAGCUAAAGGUUGAGCAUGGAUGGCAACGCCAAAACUUGAACGAGGUUGAGAACCUGUAUUUCCAUCAUUCGCAGGUACGCGGGCUGCGUCCUGUCGUACCUGCAAAAACUGUUCCUCCACCGUCUAUUAAUUCACUCCCUCCAACCGUAACCGUCCCAGAACCUCCCGAGCCCGUGGUGGUCGAUGAGGUAUCACAGCAGGUCAUCAAUAGCCAAACAUCUCCCACAGAUACUUCCCGAGAGCCCACGUCCCCACAUAAUUCCCCUCUUGAAUUAAUGUCAACUCCUGUGCAAAACUCAUUUACCGAAACCACCUCAAAAUCUGCAUUACAUACAAUACAAACCCUCCCCGACAAAGCGCCCUCCCAGGAACCGUCUCAACCUGCUCCCACCCCUGUUCACCUCAGCACGCAAUCAGCUACUGUCCCUCAGGAACAACCAAACUCAGAGACAGCAACCCCUCCGCACAGUUCCCUCGAUUCUAGCGACCCAGCAACUAUGGCUUCAUCACACAGCCAAACACCAACACAGAUUCAAACUCACACACAAUCCCAGCCAUACAACCCUUACAUGCCCCUCAAUCGACAGUCUUCUCAACCCCAACCCAACCCCUUCAUGCCCCAACCCCUUCCGCAAUAUUCUUUCACCCAAUCAUAUCACGCAACCUCGCUCCAAAAUCAGUCCAACCCACAAAUAUUUCAUUCACAGCCCAGUACCAACUCGCAAUCUCCGUUUGCGAAUGGGAAUGGGAGCAGCCCACUGACAUACGACAGUUUCUGGUCUACACAUGCCAGUGCAGGAUCACUGUACCGCACCCACGGAGGUUUUACAGCGAGCGCCACGCCGACUGGCCACGUCGCGAUGAUCACCCCUGGCGGGCAUGCGGCCGUGAUGACAGCCGAGGGAGUGUAUGUCGGUACUGCUGGGUAUACGGGCCGUGUCAGCGGGUAGAGAUCAGACUUUGCUAUAUUGCUUAUUCUUUGGCGUUGCUUGGUUGGGCACGUUUCUAAGAACCAUUCUGGAUUGCUUCAUGAUGUUACGGUACAUUCAUACUUACCUCUUUGUUCUGCUCCUAAUGACAUCUGCAUGUUGGUGGCUGAUAUUACUGUGCGUCCCUGG